UAAAUAACGACAUACUUGGAAAGAAGAUUAAUGCCACCUGGACCGUUUCCAUUGCCAGUUAUUGGUAAUAUGUUACAACUGGAUAUUAAGUCUGGAAAACCAUUUCAUAAACUUUCUAAGACGUACGGUGACAUAAUGACAUUACAAAUACACACAAAGUAUAUACUUGUGAACACUGCAUCACUUGCCAGAAAGGCAAAGUUUGAGUAUAAUAACGAUGUUGUAAGCAGAGAACAAGACAUGACUUUAUGUAAAUAACAAGGACCAAAUGAUGUUGUGAUGGCGGAAUAUGGAACAGCAUUCGUGUUCAGAAAAAGAGUAUUCAAAUCAGCAAUGCACGGGUUUGGAGCAGGAAUCAAGGCAGCACAAGAACGAGGACUUCAUGCAGUAGCAUGUACUUUGGAGCAAAUAAAAACAUUGAAAGAUCAACCAUUCUGUCCCCAAGAAAUUCAUGCUCUGGGGAGAGACAAAUUACCGAGAAUGGACGACGCCGACAACAUGCCUUAUCUUCAAGCUACCAUUUGUGAAGUGAUAUGCAAGACCUCUCCAGUGCCCAGACCAGAUACGGUGACAAUAAACGAUGUAGCACUUGCAGGAUAUCACUUUCCAAAAGGAAGUACGAUUAUAGCUAAUAACGCAGAAAUUCACAAAGAUGAGCGAGAAUGGCUGGAACCACAUCAAUUCAGGCCAGAGCGUUUCUUAGACGAAGAUGGGAAGUUUGUUGGAUGGAGAAAGUAUCCAGCAUUUAUGCCGUUUGGUUUAUGUCGAAGAGAAUGCGCUGGAAUAUCGUUUGCAAAGAUCAUGUUAUUUACGUUUGCUGCAGCAUUAUUGCAACAGCUCAAAUUUGAGCUUCCUGAAGGAGUGGAAAGACUUGCAGAAGAUGGACCACAUUUGGGAAUUGUAAAUGGUCGAGAGAACUUCUGUUAUCACAAGGAAAAGGUUAUAAGCUAUUAUUAUAGCUUAUUUGAGCUAUUUCUCAAAUGUUAUACAACAAUCGUAUAAUUUCCACGGACGGAUUUCAGGGGGUUGCAGGGGGUGCUAUACUCUCAAAACAUCAGAUUUCAUCCGGCUAAAUAAAUUGUUCACGUCUCUCUAAGAAACACUUUGACGCCUUCUAUUUUCAACAACAUAAACAGUAGUUCAUUUUAACUGAGUUUCUCUAGGCAAUAUUUCAACUUUGUACACUACUUUUGGUGUCCAUACUUCCAGAUUGCCACUAAAAUCUAGAUCCUAACUUUAUCUUGCAUCAAUUUUUUACCAGCUCACCCUUCUAAGAUUAUUAGCAUCACCCCUGUAAAGAUAUGAAAAUCCGUCCAUGAUAAUUUUAUAUAUAAUUUGCAGAAUAAUUGUCAUAUUGAACAUACAUGUAAGACAAGGACGUUUAUAUGUGCACGACGACUGAUUUUGUAUCAUAAUAUUGUAAUAAUAGUUAUUAUUUUACAGAAGAGCGUGCAAGGACUCUGUUGAAUAGAAAGAAAUUAAAAGAAAUGAUUUGUA